CCCGGCAGGAAGGGGAGGGAUCGCACCGUCCGCCCCCCGGCAGGGUUGCGGCGCUGGGACCGCUUCGCGCCGCCGUUGGCUGCACCCCGCUUCCCCGGGACCCGCAGCAACGCCGGGGGCGGGCGGCAGGGAGCCCCGCCGCCAUGUCGCAGCCCGGGACGGGGAGGCAGCCUCCCCCCACGGCGCAUGGUGACAAGAAGGCAAGUGGAGCUUCUUCCAAAUCAGGAGAGAAAAACGCAGAAGCGGCAGAGAAGAAACCAGCAGGUGCCAAUGUCAGCCAACCCCCCAAAACGCAGGCAAGUGGAACACCUUCUGCUGUUAAGAAGCAGUCCCCCUCUGCGGAUGCAUCAAACCCAGAAAUUACGAAGCCAUCUGAAACAAAGUCCGCACCAACCACCAAAGCAGAGUCUGGAAAAAACAUGCAGUCAACCAAGCCAACAGAGUCUCAAAAUAAAGAGCUGCCUGAAGAGAGGCAAAAGGAACCCAGUGGUGCAAAAAGCCAAACCUCGCCUUCUGUGACAGCAACCUCUAAACCAAAUCAUGCAGGAGAAUUAACUACAGCUGAAGCUCACCAGCCUCCGCAAGCAACCUCCAGAGAAACAGCAAAGGCUAAGCCUGAGAAGAUGUCCACAGCGGGCGCAGGCGCAGCGGGUGCAGGGGAUGCAGGCGCAGGGGAUGCAGGUGCAGGUGCAUCUGGUACAAGUGUGGUUACUGCAGCUGAUCAGUCAAGCACUGAGCCCAGUAUGGACGAGCUGGCACUAGAUAGCCUCAUAGACACCUUAGGUGGACCUGAAGAUGAUGCGCCUGCUAGCCCUGUUUACACUGGUCCGGAAGUUACGGAAGAUAUAUCUUCAAGAUACUUAGAAGAAAUGGGUAAACGGGAAGGUAGUCUGCCUCCAGCAUAUGUUAAAUUGUUGAAGAGCAAAGGAGAUGGCAAAGAUGCAGUCCCACCAAAAGUAGAUGAACGAGAAGAAAAACCCAUGACAGAUGCUGAGCUUGCAGAGGCCCUGUCGUCUGACUUUACCUGCAGUGCUGCUCCUGCUGAAGAAAGGAGCCUGCCAGAGAAACCAAGCAAGGAAGGAGAAAUCGUGCGAGCACAAGCAGCGAGUUCAGUCAAGACCUCCAUUCCUCCUAAGGAGAAGAAAACAAAAUCGAAAGAGGAGGUAGGAGAUGAUGCGGUGCAAGCUCUUCUUGAUACUCUUGGUGGACCUGAACCUGAACUUGAAGAAUAUCUUAGCCCUGUUGUAGAGGUGUCAGAGGCAAAAGCUAAAGAGAAAAAAGAAGAAAAGGCUGGAGAACGUGAUGACACGGUACCUCCAGAAUACAGGCUGUUACUGGAGUUGGAUACAGAUGGAAAGCCCAUGCUGCCAAAGCCUGAAGAAAAACCUAAGCCUUUGAGUGAAUCUGAUCUUGUUGAUGAAUUUUCAAAAGACUUUGCCUGCCCUGCACAGCCUGCAGUACAAUACACACCAUCGACGCCCAGCAGCACAUCCCAAAAACCUUCAGAUCCUGUGUCUGCAAAAACUGCUGAGGCUGUAGUAGUCCCUCGUGCCACAGCUUGCACUGUGCAGUCUUCAGCUCCAUCAGCUGUGUCUUCAGUUGGUCACGUGGCAGAUGAAGUACUGGAAGUCUUGUCCGGUAGCCUAGGAAAGAGGGAACCUGAUCCAGGUGACAAGAAACCUGCUGUGGACAAAGUUCAGGAGAAAACUAAACAGGAAGAAUGCAAAAAACUGGGUGAAGAUGAAGAAACAAUUCCUCCAGACUACAGAUUAACAGAAGCAAAAGAUAAAGAUGGAAAACCACUCCUACCGAAACCUGAAGAGAAGUCCCAGCCGAUGAGUGAAAAUGAUCUUUUAGAGGGUUUGACAAAAGGAUUUUCCUGUUCUCCAUCCCCAUCUGCACCAUUGCCUACAACAACUGUAAUAAAGAAAACCAAGGAGGGUGAGAACCUGGCAGAUUCCUCAGACGUUAUCGCUGCUGCUAAGGUUUCUUCAGUGCACUCAGCAGCUCCUCUAGCUUCUACCUCAGGAGGAAAAGAGAUGGAUGAAGCCUUGGAUCUCCUGUCUGAUUCCCUGGGACAGAGGGAGCCUGGCCCUGAUGAGAACAAACCGGUUGUGGAUGAAGUAAAGGAAAAGGCUAAAUCUGAACACAGAGACAAACUUGGAGAAAGAGAUGAUACUAUGCCACCUGACUAUCGAAAACUUCUGGAGUCAGGUGAGCAGGGUAAGCCAGUAAAGCCAACAGCAAAGGAUGAUGUGGCACACAAAGAACAAAAGAAGCCUACAGAUGACUCUGCAGCUAUUGAUGCCCUAUCAGGUGACUUUGAUACUUGUGCAAAGGCUCCUGCCACACCACAGCCCUCAAAGUGUAGGACAAAAGUGGAAAGGAAACGACCAGGAAAACGAACACAAAGGAUAAAGGAAAACCCAAAGACCCUAAAAAGGCUAAUGGACGGUCCUCCAGCGGCAAAUCUGAGAAGCAGAAAACGAGCUAAACGUUAAGACGAUUGGGGUCUUGGUGCCUCACGUAAAAUGUCUUCUCUGCCUUGGUGGAUAAUUCUUCCUGAAGAACAAAAGCUGAUGCAAAAAGCACGUGGUUAUUCUGGGUGGUUUUUGUACAGCCAUACUUGCUGGACUUUGUAAUAUUUUCUUUUUUCCCGGUAGUAGACUAAGGUGGUUUUUAUUCCUUUUUUUCUCUAGCCGUUCAUCAAACCACACCACCAUUCUUUCUGUUAUACUCAUCUACUUUGACUGCUUUGUCAUCCUCUUCGGUUUCAGAGAGAAAGAACGCUUUCUAUUUGCAAGAAAUAUAUUUCAUAACUGAGAAGCAAUGCCAAGAAAAAAAAAAAGAAUCUGCAGACUUUUGCACAGAGUCUCCACAUAGUGCCUGUAAAUCUCAGAAUAACUUGUAAGUGCUAGCCUUUUUAGCGUUGCAGUGAGUGCACUACGUAUUCUGGAAUAUAAUGAGCUUCAGCUGUCCUCAGCCCGCCUCUGCCUGGCUGUACGGUCUUUCCUCAAGCUGGUUCCUGGUAGGAAAGCGUAGGUAAGCUGGGGGUAGCUAAAGAAUGAGAAACUGGGGAUUAACUGCUUCAUCGAGCAUAUCUAGUAAUAAAUCAGGUAUUUUGGAUGCUGUAGUUACAACAACAAAACCACACCAGAUAAGGGUCUUAGGGUUUUUGUGUUUUUCUGUUUUGUUUUUGUUUCUUUCUUACUAUUUCCAAUCGUAUCUGUACUGCUGUCUCGUAAUUUCUGCAGUCUCCUGGACUGAACAAAUACAAAUCCUGGUGUACCAAUGACACCAUUACCAUCACGAAAGAGGAAAGAAAGACGGCACAUGAGCCUAGGCAGAGGUCAAAGAGAAGUUCAGGUCAACAGGCAGACCUCUUAAAAUUUUAUCCCGCACCGUUUCUGGUCCUUGCUCCUGUUCCUCGCACUCCAGAAGGGAAUGCAGAAACAGGGUGGAAGUUAAAGCUGCAAGGAACAGCGUCACAUUCACCUGCUCUGCGAGAGACCAGGCAUGAGCAGGCACCUCUCGUAAGUCUGCUGCAGGCAGGGCUGUCGCGAGUGAGGUGUGCCAAGUGCCUCCGUGUUUUCCUCUGUCUUCAUAACCCGCAGAACCCCUUUUGCACAUCCUUACACAUGUACCGCUUCACCCUUAGCUUGCAGAGGAAGGUCAUACCAACAGUUGUUCUGAUACCAAAAUGAGCCUCUAGCAUGUAGUGUUGCAGACGGAGACGGCCCGGAGACUUAAGUUGGGGAUAUGUAGACUUUUAACUGUACCUUGCAGUCUCUGAGAACCUGUGUCACACUAAUAAAGUUUCCAAGACCGCA